ACUGCUCCCUUCUCCAUCAGUCCCUGAGCGACCUCAUCUCUCACAGGGGCUCUCUAUAACCCAGGGACUCCUGACUGGAAGUCUGGGUUUCUGUUUGGUGGAUUAAAAUAAAUGACUAGCCUGUCAUGUCACUGAGGAUGUUAAGCAUACAAACCUGCUGUCUAUUUGAGCCCUUAGUGGCUGUGGUUGAUGUGUUCCAGGCGGUCUUCUGAGGACUCAGCCACUUCUGAAGGAGAGGAUGCUUGGGAGGGGCCCUGUGGCAGGCUGCUGCUGGCCACCACAGCCAAGGUCAAAAGGGGCCUCAGGAGGCAGGCGCGACAGCUGCACCUAUACUCCAAUGUCUUGCUCAUCUCUAGCUCAAAGUUUGAAAGCAACUUCACGAUCAAGCACUCGGUGCCCCUGCGUAGCCUGUGGGUGUCUGCCUACCUGGAGAGGUCCAGGAGAGCCACCAGCAGAGACCGGAGGUCACUCACUGUAGGCUGGUCCAGGAACAGCUUCGUGGUCACUUUCUCGUAAGACCUCCAUCUUGGUUUUCCAUGUGGUCAUGACUUUUACAUCUAAAACAUUUUCAUCUGGUUGUUUGUAAAGCCAAUUGC